AUGGGAAGUCAGCUGUCUGGUGGACAAAAACAACGUAUCGCCAUUGCACGUGCACUCCUUCGCCGACCUAAAGUACUGCUACUCGACGAAGCAACAAGUGCGAUGGAUUCACAAAAUAAACAGAUCGUGCAACAAGUGCUUGAGCAAGCACAAAUGGAAGAUCCUUGUCGCACAUCGUUAAUAAUUGCUCAUCGAAUGUCAACUAUUCGCUCAUGUCAUGUGAUCUUUGUACUUGACAAAGGACAUAUAGUGGAACAUGGCACUCAUGAAGACUUGAUCCAGCAACGUGGAGUUUAUUAUCGAUUAGUUGUUCAGAGUAAUUCAUAA